AUGCGGUACUACAAGUACUCGGUCAACAAGUUCGAGCGAAUAAGCAACUUCAAGAACUGCGAGAUGGUGGUCAUGGAGAUGAAGGACUCCUGCUACUGUCUCACCACCCCACUUUCCUUCGACGAUGGCACGGACGCGGACGACGACGAUCUGGCGGCAUCCGCCCUUCACGCGGGGACGGAGGACACUGACGACCAGCUGAGCCAGGCAGUGGGCCAGCAGUGA